AUGCCAAGUGCUAAACCUGAUUCAUCUCACAAAGACUCAGAACCAUUUGUUGAAGUUAAUCCCAGUGGAAGAUAUGGCAGAUACAGUGAGCUACUAGGAUCUGGUGCUGUGAAAAAAGUGUAUAGGGCAUUUGAUAAAGAAGAAGGAAUAGAGGUGGCAUGGAACCAAGUGAAGCUCAGGAAAUUCAGUGAUGACCCUGCCAUGGUGGAUAGGCUUUUCUCUGAAGUAAGAUUGCUCAGAAGCUUGAGCAGCAAAGACAUCAUUGCCUUUUUCAAUGUUUGGAGGGAUGAGCAGCAUGGCACUUUGAAUUUCAUCACUGAGGUCUGCACCAGUGGGAAUUUGAGGGGUUAUAGGAAGAAGCACAAACAUGUGUCCAUGAAGGCUCUGAAGAAAUGGUCUAAGCAGAUUUUGGAAGGGUUGAAUUAUUUGCAUAUGCAUGACCCUUGUAUCAUCCACAGAGACCUCAAUUGCAGUAAUGUUUUUGUCAAUGGGAACACUGGCCAGGUUAAGAUUGGUGACUUGGGUUUGGCAGCGAUUGUGGGCAAGAGCCAUUCUGCACAUUCAGUUCUUGGAACACCAGAAUUUAUGGCUCCGGAGUUAUAUGAAGAGGACUAUACAGAAAUGGUGGACAUAUACUCAUUUGGAAUGUGUGUGUUAGAGAUGGUGACACUAGAGAUUCCUUAUGGUGAAUGUGACAAUGUUGCAAAGAUAUACAAGAAGGUGUCUUCAGGUGUGAGACCUCAGGCCUUGACCAAGAUGAAAGAUCAAGAGGUGAAGGCCUUCAUUGAGAGGUGCCUUGCUCAGCCAAGGGCUAGACCUUCUGCUGCUGAGUUGCUCAAGGACCCUUUCUUUGAUGAACUUGAUUAUGACGAAAAUGAUGACUCUGCUGCUAGUUCAUGAAUAAAAAUAUCUUUUUAUGUGAUAAUAUGUUGAUGUGUUAUUCUUUUUUUUUUUUUUAAAGUUGAGU